GGGACAAGCACCUUACUGACUGUCUUGUUCUCCAUCGGCUCACAAUGUCCAACGACGCCAAGCAAAAAGCCGACGUUGCGGCCAACAGCGACAGUGAAGACGGGGAGGACGUCUUCCACGACGCCCGCUUCCCCGCGGAAGAAGAAACGAAACUCCUCGAAGAAUCCCACUCCAUCAAAGUGGAAGCCAACAAGCUUUUCACAGCCGGUGUUUACGACCAGGCCAUCUCCAGCUACGACCGCGCCCUUUCCUACUGCCCCAACUACCUCGAUUACGAAAUCGCCGUCCUUCACAGCAACAUCGCCGCCUGUCAUCUCAAAUCCGAAGACUGGAAGGCAUGCAUCGACUCCGCGUCCGCGUGUAUCGAGCGCUUAAAUAAAGUGAUCCCGCCCGCGACAGCCGAUGCGGACAGCGGCAAGGGGAAACAGAAAGAGGAGUCCGGGGAUGGAGAUGCGGUGGUCGAGAUAACAGGGGACGAUGAAGAGGCCGAGAAGGAGUUGGAGCGGCUACAGAAGCUGGAUGACAGGAAACGGGACGUCAUGCGCAUCCGCGGGAAGGCGCUCAUGCGACGCGCACGGGCGAAGAUGCAGUCCAGCGGGUGGGGGAGUCUGCAAGGGGCCGAAGAGGACUACAAGGAGCUGGCAGGGAUGAACAAUCUCUCAGCGGACGAUAGGCGGGUGGUUCAGAAGGCUCUCCGCGAACUUCCGGGGAAGAUCAACCAGGCGCGCGAGAAGGAGAUGGGGGAGAUGAUGGGCAAGCUCAAGGAUCUGGGGAACGGGUUCCUCAAACCAUUCGGGCUAUCGACGGAUAAUUUCAAUUUCGUGCAGGAUCCGAACACGGGGGGCUACAGCAUGAACUUCCAGUCUGGUUAAAUCUGGUUGGCAUUAGCGUUUCAUUCUUGCAUUGUGGAGUUUGGCAUAGUGAUGGCGGAGCGAAAUAUUGGAGAAUUUAGUCCCAUAGCAUUUCACAUUCAACUUUAUUUUUAGGGACCAUAAUAUAGGAAAAUUCAU